GCGAGACCAUCCAGAGGAGACGUUCCCGCUGGAAGCGGAUCGGUCCGAGUCAGCUGCCUCUUGCCGACACCGUAACUCACAGUGGCGGAUGCAGAAUAACGUGCUUGACUCUGCCGACAGCUCAGAGGAUGAAUUCUUCGAUGCACGAGAGGAGGUGGUGGAAGGUAAAAAUGCCCUUCUGCUAGGAAUGAGCACGUGGAACUCGAAUGAUUUGGUGGAACAGAUUGAGACAAUAGGAAAGUUGGAUGAUCACCAAGGUGACAUGUACAGUGACUCUCUCAAUAGACAGGGAUGCCCAACGCAAGGCAGUGUGGAGGGACAAGAGGACACAGAGGAUAUGAAGAAGUGCAAGAUUCACGUACUUAUCUUGGUACUUCACGGAGGGAAUAUUCUGGACACAGGAGGAGGAGAUCAGAGCUCCAAGGCAGCUGAUGUUAAUACUUUUCGUUCAGUUCUUGAAAAAGUUACCAGGGCCCAUUUUCCAGCAGCUCUUGGCCAUUUUCUCAUCAAGCUUGUUCCCUGCCCUCCUAUUUGCUCUGAGGCCUUUUCACUGGUUUCUAAGCUGUCAUGCAUGUGUCAAGUGUGGUUUAAUCUGAAAAAAAUAAACUGA